CAUCCUUUACAAUUUAAAAUGCAUCUUUACAUGUAAAAGUCCUGCAUUCAAAAUCUUCAAAGAAGCCACAGCCUUCAUGACAUCACUUGGAGUGUAACGGACCCUGACCAACCUAAGGUGCUAUUUCUUGGACAGGCAUGGAAAAGGAGAUAUGGGGGUUUCAAGCUGAGUGUAUUGUCUGGAGCCUACAGAGAGAAAGGGCUGAACCACGAGCCUCACUCAAACCUGUUGAGCCACCAGAGACGAAGUGCAGCUCAUCUGACACACAGCAAGCCUGAUCAUUACUGACAAUGCCAGAGUAUGAGCCAGACCUCAGCACACUUGAUAAUAAAAAAAAAGUAUGUUUGCUGGUGAUUACAUGCAUCAUUACUGUUCCUCAGAUAGCAGUAGGAGCAGUGUACAAAGAUGACUGCCCACGGCAGCCCUACAUCCCCAUCUAUUUAAUGGUAAUGGGAGCAGCCCUGCUGCUGUUCAUGGUCUACAAUCUGGCCUGCAGUAGCGGCAAUAGCGACAGCAUCAUCAGGCACAUCUGGCACAGCAUGCUGAUUUUCUUCUUCUUGUCCUUGUUCAUUGCUGGUAAUGUGUGGGUUUACUCCAUCUACGAACCCAGUUACAAUAAGACAACCAGCGUGGAACUCUACUGUGAUAAGACAGUCUACCUGUUGGCCUUCUGGUCCAUCAACCUGUUCUAUAUCCUGUUAGGUCUCAUGAUUUUGUUGUUCUGUUGCCGAGGCCUCCUUGCAAACAGCGCCACUUAAUAGCAGUAAUGAAAAGUAUAUUAAUCUGUGUUUUCAUGUGUGUCUGAUGCACAUUCUGGAGAUAUUAAAAUCACCUCAAGCACCAGCA